AGCUGGAUGCCCAUCUAGAACGGCCCCGGGGCUCCCCGGGAAGUGGGGCAGGAAUGGGCUGCUCGCAGGACACCCUGUCACCCUACGACCUACAGGUGACCUUCAGGCCUAGAUGACGCCCAGGGGUGAGCUGUCCUGAGCCGCUGUGGUCCCGCUCCCUGCCUGUUCACACACACGCCACGAAGCCCCAGCCACCAUGGAGUCCAGGGGGAAGUCGACCAGCAGCCCCAAGCCUGACACCAAGGCUCCCCAGGCCGCUGCUGAGGCCAGAGCCCCGCCGGCUGCAGAUGGGAAAGCCCCCUCAGCCAAACCUGGGAAGAAGGAUGCCCAGGCAGAGAAGCAGGAGCCUCCAGCAGCCCCCACACCACCAGCUGCCAAGAAGACCCCGGCCAAGGCAGACCCUACGCUUCUCAAUAACCACAGCAACCUGAAGCCGGCCCCUGCAGCCCCCAGCAGCCCGGAUGCCACCCCUGAGCCCAAGGGCCCUGGGGACGGGGCUGAAGAGGACGAAGCCCCCAAAGGGGGCCCAGGGGGCCGAAGCCCUUGCCCCUUUGAGAACUUGACCCCGCUCCUGGUGGCUGGGGGUGUGGCUGUGGCAGCCGCAGCCCUAAUUCUUGGUGUGGCCUUCCUGGCCCGGAAAAAAUGAUGGCUGGUGCCCAGGUGGGGGCCCAGCCACGUCCUGUACAGACCUCGGGAAUGUAGUGCAUGCCGACCUCACAUAAGUUACGUAUACAUACGCACAUGAUAUAUAUACUCGUAUAUCCCCCCACACGUGCAGAGGGAGACAGCGGGACGGGCCCCCCAGCACUUCCCUUUCCCAAUCUCUGGGGCGGAAGGAGCCCAGGCUGCAGAGUUUACUGAGGAGCACAAGACAGAGGUCUCGGCUGGGGUCAGGAUACGGGGCAGGGUGGGCAGUGGAAGGAGUGGACCGUGAUGUGGCCCACUGCCUUGGGCAGGUGUGUCCACAGCAGACUCACUCACCGGCACCAGCCUGUCCUGAAAGCCCCCAGCAGUCCUGUGCGCUUCCUGGCAGCAGAGUCCCCAGGGCUGGGCAGGGAUCUGGGAUGGGCUCUGGCAAGGGCCCGGCCCCGGUGGGGACAUUAAAGGGUAUGGCUGUUUCACUCUCCCCAUUUCUGCUCUUUGUUUGUAGCUGGGCAGGGUUGGGGGGGUCCAUCUGGGCAGUGCCGGUGCCGUGGGGCUGACUUGAGCCAACCAGUCAAGAGUGGCAGAACUAUGUCACCCCUGCCCAUCACCUGCACCCUGGCUGGGUGGACAGACAGACAGCCCAAAGGCCGGUCUGGGGAGGGGGAGUCCCACAUUUCACCCUGUUGUGCACCAGGGUAGCCUCUGAGGCUGAGGCCGCCUCACUCUGCCCUGAGACUCGCCUUGUCCUGGGGGCAGCUGAGAGGCUGGGGAUGGGAGCGCUCGGAGGGUCUGCCCAGCCCGCGUCCGUGGCUCCCCCCGCCCAGCACCCUUUGAUUCUAACAAGCGUAUACAUGCAAUAACACAGGUAGAAUAGAGCCGCUCGGGUGGGCAGCGCCACGUCCGCUGCCCCUCCGCACCCGCAGGGACACUGCUGUGCCGCCCCUUCUCAGCACAUCUGGUCCCAGCCUGGCCCUUGGCACCACGGCAGUGAGCAGUCUCCGGAGGGUGGCCCUGGGCUCUGUGGGAGCCUUGCCUGGCCAGCCAACCAUAGGAACCCUGGGCCUGAGUGGAGGCUGAGUCUGAAAUAAACUGUAUUGUCUAA